CGGGGCCCGGACUCUCAACGUCCCUCUGCGCCCUCCUUUGCGCUUUUACGCACCGCCUUGGCACGCCGCGCGCUUUGCCAAACAGCCGCUGCCCGGCCGGGGUGGGGGGUGAGACGAGCCACUGAGGCGGGGGAAGCCCCCGCUCGGAGCCCCCGACCCGGAGGGCCUGUCCGUCUGAAUGGACAACUAGGCGGCGGCGGCGGCGCGUGUCUCCUUUCCAUCCGCGCCCUGCCUGCUUCUUUGCCAGCCGCUUUUGCAAAGGGAAGUCCUCGACUUGCAACCAGAUUGCUUUGCGGAAUCGGUUGGCCCCCAAAGCUACAGGAAUCAUGUCCAAGAAGCCCUUAAAUAUCCCUGUGGAAAAUGGGCAGUCAGAGAAGUCGGAAGUAGAGAAUGGACACCCCAACCUGGUGCCACCCACUCUCUGUACCUCCAGCGUGGAGGAAAUGGUUCAGCAGAUGAAAGAACUCAUCACAGAGAACAACGAGCUUAAAGAAGCCAUGAGGCAGCGGAACCAAGCCAUGAAGGAACGUUUCGAGGAGCUGUCGGCUUGGAAGGAGAAGUUGAAAGACGAGCGGGAGUUUUACGAGUCGAAAUUCAAGGAAGCCCGGCAGUGUUUGGCAACCAAGUGUCUGGAGAAUGAAAGUCUCCACCAGAAGCUCCAGAGCCUGGAAGAGAAAGAAGAAAAGAGCGCCACUGAGAGCCCCGUUCCGAGGAAGGAGAUGAGCCAAGAGGUAGAACAACUGAAGGCCCAGGUGGCAAAGCUGCAGGCUGAAAAGGCGGAUCUGCUAGCCAUCAUCUCAGAGCUGCAGCUGAAGCUCAACGUGGCCGCGGCCGAAGACUCCUUCGUCGAGAUCAGAAUGCAUGAAGGAGAAGCGGUGGGAUCUUUGAAAGAACAUCAAGAUGUAGACGUGAAAAGAAUAAACGGGAACACAGCUCUGUACGUCCGGAAUAAAUCGGUGGAUGAAACCAGGAAAUGCUUGGAAAAAGAAGAAUUAACCGUCAGCCAACUUCUGCAUUCUCUCAGGACCGAGACGCAAAAGAGGGAAGCCCUGGAAAAUAAGAUGCAGGAACUGAAGGACAAGUGUCAACAGCUGUUGAGUCUGAAAAAGAAAACAAAUGACAAAGGCACUCAAACAGAACAAGAAGCCAACAAGAAAGAAGAGAGAAGUGAAAGUGUGGGCAGCGAAGUGGAGGUGCUGAACCUGCAGGUAUCUGCCCUCUUCAGAGAACUCCAGGAGACCCACGCCAAGUUAAAAGAGGCAGACGUCGUUCAGAAAAAGCUGCAGGAAAAAUGUCAGAUUCUGGAACGGGAACACCCCACCAGUGUUGGAGACCUGGACGAGAAACAACAAUUGUUGUACACGGUUAAGAAGCUGGAGUUGCAGGUGGAGAGCAUGCAGUCAGAAAUCAAGCUCGAACAGGCGAAAACCAAUGAUGAGAAAGCCAAAUUCAACAGCCUCCAGGAUGCCUACGGCAAGCUGGUGAAGGAACUGACGGAGGCUUUGCAAACUGUGGAAGAAUUGAAAGGCAAAGAGGUACAAAGGCCAGACCAGGCGACGUUAGACGAAUUAGUUCACAAACUGGAUCUUGCCGAAAAGGCGCUGGCAGACAAGCAGUUGCAGAUCGACAAAAUGAAGCAGACCCUGAUGAAGCAAGAAGAAGAGCUGGAGACGGUGGCCAUCCUGCGAGCUCAGAUGGAGGUCUACUGUUCCGAUUUCCACGCGGAAAGAGCGGCGAGGGAAAAGAUCCACGAGGAAAAAGAACAACUAGCCACACAGUUGGCAUACUUCCUGGCUGAAAAUCAAGAACGUGGAGAUCUUGGCAGGUGCUCCUUGGCAGAAAUGCAAACCCGGCAUGGAACCAGGCUGCCAUCCAUGCAGGAAGGAGCAGAAGAGCAAAAUCAGCCACAGCCGCCAAGGGAUAUUCCUAUACAUUCUUGUCCAAAAUGUAGUAUAAUUCUUCCGGAUAUAGAUACGCUUCAAAUUCAUGUUAUGGACUGUAUCAUCUAAACCAUGUUCUCAGAUACACUCGGAAAACCUGCACUUUGCAAAAUAUAUGUGUGUGUGUCCGUCCGUCCGUCCGUCCCCAUAUGCACCUUGGUUUAGAAAGCGUUGCAGACCUUAAUGGCUUUUUCCGAAGGGAUUCCCUAGGGAGGUUUAGGGUUUAGUUAGGCAUUCAAAAUUGACCUUACAAAAACGACAAUGUCCAUCCAUGCAAUUUCGUUUCCAGCUGGCUGAAGCUAAAUACAUUGACUGCAUCAUCGCUUAGGAACCAACACAUUUUGAAGACGACAGUGUUGGAGUUAUUUAACACAGCUUGUUCAAUAGGCGUAUUGCAGACUGGAAAUCUUUACAGGCAGUUUCAAAGCUGCGUAUUUAUAUUUAAUCGUGUAUUUUAAAAAGGGUGCAAAAGAUUUUGAGGUUGAACCCCUUUCUGUAGCUGUUUUGACCGGAAUGGUUCAUUUUAUAGUUGGACCGCAUCCACUAAACCUUCCAAUUAUUCUAGCGAAAUGAGGACUUUGGAGGAUUUAAAUUUUUCAUCGUCCAAUUUUUUUGGCACUCCGUGGGAUACUGUGGUUGAAAGACAGUGUGGUACCUUGAAUCACAAGAAGAAAUAGACAAUGAAAUAUGUUGAACAACAGGUAAAAUAAAAGUGUGUUGAUUGCCAGUUGAGAAAAUAUUCACACUUGGAUGUAGGUGAUUCUACUCUACAAUAGUUUGAAAGCUGUUGCUGAUAUUCGUGGCGUAUCUGUAAAUGAUGAAAGACAGCGAGAGCAAUAAUAAGAAUGCUGAUUUUUACUUGUUCUUUUGAUUCAUUCGAUUCCUAUUUAAAUUGUGAUUAUUUCAACAUGGAUCAAACAGAUCACGAAUUACUUAACUGAUUAAACAGUGCAGGAGUCGCUAGUGGUGCAAUUAAAUCACAUAUUUUAGAUGUUUAUUUUAAAGCUUGAUUUUGUACCUUGUGUAAGCCACAAGUACCUUACUAAUAUAAAGUUUACAACAAAGCUAGGAAACCAUUGAAGGAGAAUAUAUGUGUGGGUCACACUCGCUCACCUUAGUUUUUACAGUGAGUGAGUGGUCUUGUUUAAGCUAAAUGGAGAUUAAAUUAAUUAACUGCCCAAUAAAUAUUUUGUUGGCCCUUAUGUUUGCAAUUUCUCUUUAAAGAAUAAUCUGGAUGUUAUAUUUGAAAAAAAAAAAAAGACUUAAUGGCACAAGUGAUAAACGAAUUGUAUGAAUGAAGGAAAUAAUAAUAAUAAAGCCAUGUUCUGAAA